CAGGACGUUGGCGGGAGGGUCUGCUGUGAGGUACGGCCAGCAGCUGUAGAGGCCCUGCGGGGGUCUCCAACCUCGCGGAGUCGCCGAGAGGAGGACGAGUGCUUUCCAGCAGUGGCCGGCCGGGGACUCACGUGUAUCACAGUACGGGGCUGUUCCUGUGUGGGUCGGGGAAUUUACCAAACCAGGACAUCUGCGGCGAAGGACUCUCGCACUUUGCUGCUCAAGAAAUGUCUUCACUUUCGGAAUAUGCCUUGCGCAUGAGUCGUCUGAGUGCCCGGCUAUUUGGGGAAGUUGCCAGGCCUACUGAUUCCAAAUCCAUGAAAGUGGUGAAACUGUUCAGCGAACAACCUUUGGCCAAAAGGAAGGAGACUUACGAUUGGUAUCCAAAUCACAAUACCUAUUUUGCACUCAUGGGGACACUUCGUUUUCUCGGACUCUACAGAGAUGAGCAUCAAGAUUUUAAGGAUGAGCAAAUGCGUUUAAAGAAGCUUCGUGGAAAGGGGAAACCACGGAAAGGAGAAGGGAAAAGAGCAACGAAAAAGAAAUAGUGUCAGCCCAUCAAGAGAGGACAUUUCCUCAGUGACUGAGAAGAAGGUGCAUUUAUGGUUCUUCACAUGUUGGAGGAAUGGCCUCUUCCUAAAUGAAGGCCGUUUGGAGAAACAUAGUCAUCUACGUGUUGAAGUCUCAUCCAGUUAAAUUGUAACUGGUUUCUUGAACACAUUCUAAUUUUGCAAAAUUAUUUUAUUUUUGGAUCUAUUAUCUGAGGUUUACCUAAUUCUCUAGUGAAAUUAAUACAUUAUUGUUUAAUGACUUGUUUGGAGUAGGGACGGGAUAUCGGAGUGGAGGAGAACCCUUAUUAAAUGACUGUCUGGUAGUUUCCUCAUUACUCUUUGCUUGUUUGCCCUCUUACUCAGCCUGAAAUUUCUUUUAUCUCUGGCCAUUCCGUCAUGGUCUCCACCACCAAGCUCACAAACUUCAUGUGCCUCUUUACCUACUGUCUUAUAAGAUAAAUGUAUGGGAUAAAAGGCUGGACCAGGAAAGAAUUUUGAAAAGCUACUGUAUACAAGGUAUUGGGGGGCCUACAAGAGGAAUAGUCCCUGCUUAAUGGAACUUUCAAUUUUGUGGGAAAGAUUAAUGUUAUAUAAUUAUGUAAGACUGUAUUAAAUGCUACAAAAGAAAAA